AUGCAGCAGCCGACUCAGCGCCAGCACAGUUCUGGCUCGCUCGAUGCCUUUGACCCGGUUAUGGUGACGCCUGUUAUUGGCAAUGAGUUUACCAAGGGCUCCUGCAAUAUCGUGGACGAUAUCCUAAAGCAUCCCAAUGCGGACCAGCGGAUUCGCGACCUGGCGAUCAUGGUCGCCGAGCGGGGGGUUGUCUUCUUUCGCGCACAAGACAACCUCACCAACAACCUGCAAAAAGAGCUCAUCGUGCGCAUGGGCGAGUUAACUGGCCGACCACGCACCCACGGCCUGCACAUCCACCCGGUCACCAACGAUGCCCGCGAAUUCGGGGACCCAGACCCACAAAUUAGCACCAUCAACUCGGAGGGCCGCAAGACCCUUUACAAAGGCUCUGAUUAUACCCGGAUGGCAGCCGUGUGGCACAGCGAUAUCUCGUUUGAAAAGGCCCCAGCGGACUUUUCUAGUCUGCGCCUAGUCCAGCUGCCCAAGACUGGCGGUGACACGCUGUGGGCGUCCGGGUAUGAGAUUUACGAUCGAAUCAGUAAGCCGUACCGAGCGUUCCUGGAAACUUUGACGGCCACGCACGCGGGAGUCGGCUUCCAGAGGUUGGCGCAGACAGGGAAGUUUCAGUUGUAUGAGAAGGAGCGGGGGGCUCCUGUCAAUGUUGGAGGGGAUCUCUCGGCUGUUCACCCAGUCGUGAGGACGAAUCCGAUUACAGGAUGGAAAUCGAUUUUCCCGAUUGGCUCUUUUCCCACACAGGUUGAUGGGCUGACUCGCAAGGAGAGCGCCAACCUGCUGCAGUGGUUCCAUGAUAUGAUUACCCACGGACAUGACCUUCAGGUCCGAUUCAAAUGGAAUAGUCCUAAUGACAUUGCAAUCUGGGACAAUCGCAGCGUAUUCCAUACCGCGACCGGCGACCACGAAGGGUUCGGUCCUCGAAGUGGGAAUCGUGCAGUGGGCGUGGGGGAGAUUCCGUAUUUUGACCCAGGAAGCAAAUCGCGUAGGCAGGACUUGGGCAUUGAGGAUACUCUUGCUCCCUGUCAUUGGUAG